UGGCGCAUAGUGUAGCCCUAAAAAACACAGCGAAACUGUGCAAUAGAGGUUUAACCACAACAAAGCAAAAAUGGGGAAGAAGAGAGAACGACUCACAAAUCCAGAACCCUUUAUUGAAGAUGAUGAUUCCAAAUCCAAAGCCUCCUCCAAAAAACGCUCCAAAGCUCCUAAAUCCCACCAGCAGCAACAACAGGUUAUAUCGUCUAGCAUGAGCUCAAAAAUAUUGAAGGAGGCAUUACUUCAGCAGAAGGAGGUAGAUGAAGAGGAGACUCGAGAGAGAAAUCCUAACGCUCUAGUUUUCGAUGAGGAUGUUGUUGCAACUAAAGCUGUAGAGGAGGAAGACGACGACGACAUUGAUAAUUUUGGUGGGUUCAACGAGACCCAAAGCCAAUUUGGUGAUUUGGAGGAUCAGGUUAAUGAAGAGGAGGUGAGGCUAGUGGAGGCUUUUCUGUCUGCAGAUAAUCGCCCCGAGCUCACAUUGGCCGACAUCAUUAUCGGAAAGCUCAAGGAAAAAGAUGCUCAAGUUUCUUCAGAAGUGCAACCAAUGCCCAAACUGGAUGACUCGAUCAUUGAGUUGUACAAAGGUGUUGGCAAACAUCUUAGCAAAUACACUUCAGGAAAGAUGCCUAAAGCGUUCAAACACAUUCCUUCGUUACAAUAUUGGGAAGACGUUCUAUAUUUAACAGAACCUGAGAAAUGGUCACCAAAUGCAAUGUACCAAGCCACAAGAAUAUUUGCUUCAAAUUUGGGUGUCAAGAAGGCAGAGCGCUUUUACAAGUUUGUCUUGCUACCACGAGUUAGAGAUGAUAUUCGCAAGAAUAAGAGAUUGCAUUUUGCUCUGUAUCAGUCUCUGAAGAAAUCUCUUUAUAAGCCUGCUGCCUUCAAUAAGGGAAUCUUGUUUCCUUUAUGUGAGUCAAGGACAUGCACCUUGCGAGAGGCUGUCAUCUUCGGCAGUGUUAUUGAGAAGGUUUCUAUUCCACAUCUUCAUGCUAGUGUGGCACUGCUGAAGCUUGCAGAGAUGGAGUAUUGUGGCACAACAAGUUAUUUUAUCAAGUUACUAAUUGAGAAGAAAUACGCUUUGCCCUAUCGUGUACUUGAUGCCAUGGUAUCACACUUCAUGAACUUUUUUGAUGAAACAAGAGUCAUGCCUGUGAUCUGGCACCUGUCACUUCUUGUAUUUGUGCAGAGGUACAAAACUGAGUUGAGGAAAGAGGACAAAGCUAACAUAAGAGCACUUGUUGAAAGGCAAAGACAUAGACUGAUUACACCCGACAUAUUGAGGGAAAUCGAUAAGAGCAGAAGUCGGGGGGAAAAGGAGGAUGAUGCUAUGUCAAUUGCAAGUCCUCUUUCCGUGAUCAAUAAAGCAAUUGAAGAAGAUAGGUUUGAUAUCCCUGACGUUCCUAUGGAGGAGGACUAGAUUUUUGAUCAGCUCUCUAUGAGUGUAUGUGAUGGUAUAUUAGCAGUUUCGGAUUCAGUAUGGAUAGAGACUGAGAGCUGUGCCACAUGAUACAUGAGCAUUCCUGUGUGGGCUGUUGGAGUUGGGAGUUGACUAGAGAUAUUGCAAGAUAUUCUUUCAUGAUAUUUAUAAUUUUUGGUCAUAUCUUCAUCAGCUUAUGCCUAAAUAGGUAUAUGCGACGAACCUCGAAAGUGUAAUUGCCCUGGGUUUUCAAAUUUAGUGUACCAUGUAAUAGCCCCGUGACUUUAAAAGUUUGAGAAUCCCAAGUAGAGAUGUGUACUCUUUUGGUAAACAGUAUCAAAACAGACUAAACUUAUUUACAAGAAACAAAGCAUAUACAGGAGUUGAAUCAACUUUAUCUUCCA